UCAGAGUUGAUUUACCCGGACACACCUGAUCAUCAUGGAGGCCGUACUGCCAAUAUUCUUUGUGUUUAUUGGCUGCUGUUCCAACGUUAUCUUCCUCGAGCUUUUAAUCAAGGAUGAGCCCAGCAGUGGAAACAUCAUCACCUGCUGCCAGUUUCUCUUCAUCGCCAUCGAGGGUUAUAUUUUUACCACACGCUGCGGCAGGAAGAAGAACGUGGUCCCUAUUACGGAGUACCUGGUGCUGGUGGUGAUGUUCUUCAUAGUCAACGUGAGCAACAACCAGGCGUUUGGCUUCAGGAUUUCCAAUCCCUACACAGGUGGACUGAUAGCUAACAUGAUCAUGGCAGUGCUGGUGCUGGGCAGGAACUACUCCCCAACUAAGUAUGUGUCUGUGGCCAUGAUCACCCUCGGCACCAUCGUCUGCACCUUCGCCUCGGCUGAAACACUGGAUAGUGAAGACCUCGAGUGGGAGGUAGCUGGAGGAGUCUCACAGUUUGUCACGUGGUUGAUGGGUAUUGGUCUUCUUACCUUUGCUCUCUUCAUGUCUGCUCGUAUGGGAAUAUUCCAAGAGUGCCUUUAUUCCAAGCACGGCAGGCACCAUCGGGAGGCACUUUUUUAUAUCAUCACUGGUAACAAAUAUGAUUAUAAUUCCAACUAA